AUGUCGUCCUCGCUGGGACCGCAAAGGAGUGGCGAACCAUUGCGCCCAGUGACUCCGUUCUUCAGUGAGGGCGAAGCCAGCGAUGCAUUGAGCACAGCUUCAGCCUCGCCUGUACGACAACGGUCGGCAGGAUCGCCAGGAUCACCCGCCGGCGUGCACUCACCAACAUCUCUCACCUCCGACUCUGCCCGAAGACGUGGCAGCAUCGUCAACGUCCGUGCAGAGUUCAUAAAGGCUCGUAAGGAAGAUGAGCCGGAAAGGACGCACAGUUCGAAAGAGAAGUAUCGCAAGAUCGGCAUAGAUGUGAUGACAAACAGCUAUAUUACAAACCUAAUGGCUGCAGUUGUUUUGCUGGAUGCCUACUGCACCUGCGCAGACAUCGAUGCGAGAGCUGCUGGGGAAGAGCCUGGGCUCGAGCUUGCAAUUCUCUCAGAUACUUGUCUGGCGCUCUACACCUUGGAGCUCGUGGUGCUGACCUGUCUACAGGGUUGUUCUGUCUUCAAAGACUGGCUCGUACUCCUGGACCUUACGAUUGUUCUGUGCGGUUACUUGGAGCUGUUGCUGAACUUCCUGGCACCAGGCGAUUUAGUUGGGAACCUCGGCAUCCUGCGCGCAUUGCGGCUUGUCAGGAUUGUUCGGCUGAUGAGGCUUCUGCGGCGGAUACGUGCCCUCCGUGAGCUGCACAAGCUAGUGACAAUGAUGGCUACGUGCCUGAAGGCAUUGCUUUGGUCUUUUGUUUUCUGUUUCGGCAUAAUGACCGUUUGGGCCAUGCUCAUGGUAGAGAUUGUUCACCCAAUCAUCCGCGAUAUGACCUUUGAGCAGUGCGAUGAUUGCAGCACAGCCGUCGCAUCUGUCAUGCGUGCCAACCUGCUCCUGUUCAAGACCGUCAUUGCCGGCGACAGUUGGGGUGAUAUUGCCGUGCCGGUUAUUGAAUCUAACCCGUACACUGCCUUUAUUUUCAUGGGGUCACUGCUGACACUCGUGUUUGGCGUGUUGAAUCUCAUUGUUGCCGUAGUUGUGGACACAUUUGCAGAAGCUCGCGAGCAAGAUGUGUUGAACCUGGCACAAGAGAUGGACCAAAGCGUAGAAGAUGACAGAAAAAACCUCCAAAGGCUUUUCAAUCGAAUAGACGCCGACGGAAGCGGCCGUCUGACGCUAGACGAGCUGAUAGAGGGGGCCCGCAAGGAUCCCGAACUUCAGAGCCGACUGCGUGUCAUGGACAUUGAUGAAGUGGACUUGCAGCAACUUUUCGAGAUGAUCGAUGUGCACAGAGAGGGCGCAGUCGAGGCACAGGAGUUCAUUGCGCCACUCAGCAGGUGGGUGCAUGAUUCGAAGACGGCCCCCCGAUUCAUCAAGUACAACAUGGUCCGAACGAUGCAGAACCAAGAAGAGCUUUUUGACCUAUCUCGAGAUUACUUCGAUUUUUUGGCCAUGCGAGUCGACAGCCUGUCGGAAUGUUUGCAGAAACUUGCGGGCGGUCACCCUGCAGCCGCGUCCGAGCACCAGACGGGUGAUUCGGACCAUGGCACGGCCACCGGUGAGGGAUGCAUCGAGGCCCCAAAUGCCUCUGUGCCCCUUGGAUGUCUAACAGAGUACCAACAGCUAAGGCUGUUAUGCCAAGGAAGUCUCAGCCGCAAUUGCUUGAAGCACUGA